AUGAAUGUCCAAGGUGACGGUAAAAAUGUUAAAAUGCUUAUUGGUGAUAAGGCUAUAGAAGCGUCGACUGAUACUGCUGUUCAGACGGUAAUAAAAGCUGCUGGUCAAACGGCUGGUAAAGUCAUCGAAGGUGGUGGCACUAUCAUAACUGCACCAGCAAUUUGGUUAAAAGAUAUCCAACAGAAUUGGCUUACCUACAUGAUUGUUGCUGCAAUAAUUCUGUUAUGCAUUUCAUUUCUCUAUUGUUCGGUUUGUUCAUACUUGAAUCAGAAGAAAGACAAUGGGUCUAAUAAUAAUCUUCUCGAACUUGCUAAAGUUUUUUCAAACAAAAAUGGCAUCUUACAACAACCACUGGCAUUGUCAGCAACCAAUUUGCCAUCCAUUCCACCAAACUUAGUUGUAUAA